AUGUCGUCGCGUGAACCCCCAUGGCGAAAUGAUAGCAGUCGCCGCUCCCAAGGCAAUGGACCAGCAUCAUCGAUUCCGGCAAAGCGCUCCGCCGAGUCGCGAUCCUACGACAAUGCCUCCAAACGCUCGACCAACGCGGCAGAAGAGGCCUGGGUAGCAGACGAGGAUCGUUUCGUGCUUCAACAGGCCAAGAAGAAGGCAGCUUUACGCGUCAGAGGCGGACGCGCAAAGCCCAUUGAUUGGCUGGCCGUCACGCUGCGCUUCAUCGACCCUGCUGAGAAAUCGAUACUGGAUGAAGAAGUGGAGGAUCACGAGUUGGAUAUUGUGGAUCCCGAGGGUGUGCUCGAGGGCUUGGGCAACGAGGAUCUUGCAGAGCUGGAGAAGGAGAUUGAGAACUACCUCACACUAGAGACAAGCAAGAGUAAUCGCGAAUAUUGGAAUUCACUCAAAGUCAUCUGCAAAGAUAUUCGGCGCAAGUCCAGGACAACAAAAUCCGAGGCACGAGGCACCAGCUCUGUAGCUGCCGACAUUGACCAGCUGCUCUCACCAAAGUCAUACGAACAGCUCGAGGCUCUCGAAGUGCAGGUUAAGCGGAAGCUGGACUCAGACGAGCCCAUCGAUUAUGACUAUUGGGAACAGCUGUUGCGUAGUCUGCGCGUGUGGAAAGCCAAGGCAAAGCUGCGGCGCGUGUCGCAGGAGAUUGUCAAGGAGCGACUGCAGACAUUGCGCAAGCAGCAGGCCGAAGCGGCUGCAUCUGUACAAGCCAACAUAUAUUCCAUGCUCAAGGGCAAUGACGAGGCAGCUGAGGUGCAGCCUACAACAGUUGCAUACGACGCAGCCAUGGAUCCAGAGCCCAUGCUGAAGCUGCGUGCCGAAGACAAGGCCCUGCCGCAGGUCGAGGAAAAGUCGUUCCUCGAGCACGUGACGGCUGAGCGGCGCAAGAUCCAGAAGGUCGGCUACGUCCCCAGCCGGACCAAAACGAGCGACAAGGCUGUGGCCAGCAGCCAGCCUACGACGAGCCAGGCUGUGACGACGAGUGCCUCACGGUUUGCGCCCGUGGACAAAGAAGACUACUCCAAGGCGACCAUGGCGCUGUAUGAGCGAGAAGUAGCGCGAGGAGUUGAAGAGGGCGAGGAGGUUUUCAAUGCUGAAGAAGAAGUUACCACUGCCUGUUCCCAGUCGGACGGGAGCUACAAGCCUAGGAAGCCCCGCUACUUCAAUCGCGUCCAGAUGGGCUACGAAUGGAACAAGUACAACCAGACGCAUUAUGACCACGACAAUCCGCCACCCAAGGUGGUACAAGGCUACAAGUUCAACAUCUUCUACCCUGAACUCAUUGACAAGAGCAAAGCACCCACAUACAAGAUUGAGCGCGAGCAUGGCCGCAAAAAGGGACAGUCAUUUGCACCUGCUGGUGAGGACGACACGUGCCUGAUACGCUUCAUUGCCGGCCCGCCCUAUGAAGACAUUGCGUUUAGGAUUGUCGACAAGGAGUGGGACUAUAGCGCGAAGAGAGAACGCGGGUUCAAGAGUAGCUUUGACAAGGGUAUUCUGCAGCUCCAUUUCCAGUUCAAGAAGAUAUACUAUCGAAAGUAG